UUCUUGACCCCCUAAAUGUCUUUACCUGUCAUAGAUCAUGGAGGUCACUUCUCAACCUACUGCAUUCGAACCCCAAGACUUUCACUCGGGCUUGAUGAGCUGCUGUGACGAUGUGGGUGUAUGUUGUUGUGGCCUCUUCUGUCUUCCUUGUUUGGGCUGUUCCAUUGCCUGUGAUAUGAAUGAGUGCUGCUUAUGCGGUUUAGGCAUGCCCAUCCGAAGUGUAUACAGAACUAAAUACAACAUACCAGGAUCCAUGUGUACUGACUUCAUGGUCGCGUACUGCUGCAUGAGUUGUGCCGCCUGCCAAAUGAAGAGAGACAUCAAAAUAAGGAAGACCAAUGGGACACUGAAACUAUGA